AUGAGCCAAGCCGCAUCUGCGGUGCUUGGUGGCGCUGCUGAAAGUGUGACGGUGGAGGAGAUGUCCGAGCCAAAAAAGCUCGAGGAAGAGCAGAGCAAGGCUUCAGAGGAGGCCCAGAGCUCCCAUGCCGGCUCCGCUGGGCGAGAGGAGAGCUCCCAGAGUGAGGAGCUCAAGGCCAUGUGCGAGAAGCAGGAGCAGGAGGUCUUGCUUCCUGCAGUGGCCGCGGCCAAGGCCGAGACGGAAGAAGCGACAGCGCGUGGCUUCUAUGCCCAGGAGGCCGCGACGGAGGAGGUCCGGGAGGAGAAGAUGCAGCUCCUUGCGGCUUCGGAGGAGGCGGAGGCUCGUCUUUGCGAACGCACCGCAGAGAUGCAGCUGCGCUACGAGACCGAGGAGCAGGAAAGCUUGCUGCCGGCCCUUGCAGCAGCCAGAGUUGAGAAGGAGGAAGCUGCAGCGCGAGGGUUCUAUGCACGGGAGUCUGCCAUGGAGGAGGUGGCCUCGGAGCUGCAGAAGAUCCGGGAAGAGCAGACGAAAGCGUCUGUUGCCUUAGACGAAGCGGAGGAGAAGCUUGAAAUGGCCAAGGCAAGGGAGCAAGUCACUUCCGAGUGCGAGGAGGCGGCGGCAAAGGAGGUGAAGAACUGGGAGGAGUUGCUGCAGCAGCGGGAGAAGGAGAUCCUGUCCCAGAGUGAGCUCCGUGAUCGGGAGCACGAGGCCGCGUUCCACGCGCGCUGCGAGACGCAGGAGCGGGAGCUUCUCUUCCCUGCAGUGUCUGCCGCGAAGGCGGAGACGGAAGAAGCGGCAGCUCGGGGCUUCUACGCUCGGGAGGCCGCGCUGGAGGAGGUCCAGGGUGAGCUAGGGAAGCUCCGGGAGGAGCAGAGUUUGGCCACCUUAAGCCGCGAGGAAGCCCAGGAGGCCGUGGCCAAAGCCAUCCGGCAGGACAGUUUGACGCGGGAGAUGGAAGACCAGGCGGCCCUGGAAGUCUCCAAGUGGGAGGCUCAGCUGGCUGCUCGGGAGCAGAGCUUAAGGAGCCAGCAGGAGCACCAAGAGCGGGAGUUUCUGGGGGAGGCCAAGACGGAGCAGCAGUUGUCCUCUGCUUUGCGUGUCAGGGAGUUGGCGCUGAGGGCCGGCGAGGAGGACCUGAAAGCCAAGCUGCGCAGCCGCGAGCAGGUGAUUUUGCAAGAGCAGCGGGAGAUGGAGGCCUUGGAGAAGCGAGCGGAGGAGAUGAUGGCCUUGGCUUUGAAGCGUCGCCAGACUCUUCUGGUGGAGGAGCAGAAGGAGGGAGAGGCCCUGGAGCUGCAGGCCCAGGAGCGUGCACGGGAGCUCCUUGCAGAGGCGGAGGAGCGCCGCAAGACGCUGCAAAGCGAGGCGCAAGAGAGCCUGGAGGCUGCGGAGCAGAGGGCUCAGGAGCUGCUCCAGGUGGCCCAGGAGCGCAGGGAAGAGGUGGUGCUCGAAGAGGAGAGGGAGCUGGAGGCCAUGGAGAAGCAAGUCGAGGAGCUGGCAGCUGAAAAGCAGGCGCAGGAGCGGUAUCUGCUGCAUGGCAGCCGCACACCCGCUGCAGUCGCGCUCUCGUCGAUGUUGGCCAGAUCUGGGAAGCAGAUCUUCGUGUCCUGGGACGGCCGAGAACCUGGAGGUGCUGGCUUCUUUCAGCCAGCUCGGUCCACCCUGCGCCCGCCGCGCGCCACGAGCCGGAUGAAGCAGGUCCUCUGCACCGUGAGGCAGGACAACGAAGAUAUUGCCGACGAGUACAUCUUGGACACCGUGCUGCAAGCUUGCCCCAAGCAAGAUGGCAAGAACAUGGCCUUGGUGGUGAUCCUGCAUUUCUGCUCCGAAUCGGGCUGUCGUGGCCCCGUCGUCGGGGAAGGGGACGUCUUGGAGUCGAUGGAGGAGGGCGUCCUUCAGACCCGCCGCUCACUGCGGCUGGUCCGGUCCGCGCGGGACCUCGCAAGCUCAGGUGGAGCCUUGGUCUUCCUGCUUCCAGGCCAGGAGUCAGACAGCAGGUCCCUGUACGAGGCGGCACACAAGACUUCGCGCAUUGUCGACCAGAAUCCCCUGAAGCACGUGGAGGGCUCCAGCUCUCCCUGCACCUUCGGGCUCUCGCUCCAGUGUGACGAGCCGGAACUGACUGCGAAGCUGGUCCUCUCGUGGCUUCAGGAGCUUGUAAGGACGCCCCCGGAAAGCUGGGCCCUGCUGGGCGUGGGAAGCGUGGUGAGCCUGCAACCCAGCGAGCCACCGGAGGAUGAGACGGCUGAAGGAAGGCAGAAAAAGCCGCACGGGCCGGGAUGCUUUAGGGUUUAG